AUGCCCUACGCAAUAUUUUACUGCCCUUACUGUGGCAAAUCUGAAAGAAAGUCCUCGGAUCUAGUCCAAUAUGAUGGUGACACCAUUAAACGAUGCUGUGGUAGUUCAUCUUGUCGCCAAAAGCAACCUCGUUCGGAUUCUAAAAUUCCCAUUAAAGGGACUUGUGAAAAGUGUAAAAGUAGUAAUCAGGUAAUUUUUGAGCCAAGAUUAAAGAAGGUUAAUCCGAUUGGUCAAGAGGUAUUUACUAAUUAUUUAUGUGCUGACUGUUAUUGUCAAGAAGAAGGAAUUUCUAAUCCCUCGCCCACUAAUAACAAAAAGCCAACUAGUCCUCCACCAUCCGACAAUCGGCCAAAUUCUCCCUUACCAAAUGAUUUUAAACUUUCAUUUACUAAUACUCCUAUCCAUGGAAUUGAUGACAACAAUUCCGGAGAAACCUGUUCAGUUUGUCGCAAAAUUUUAACGGAGGUGGAGAAAUCCCACUGUUACUUCCCUGAACAACCCCAACAGCAAGCCUAUUGCCAUAGUCUAGUCUUAGAGGCAAUAGAAAAAGGAGAAAACAUAAAUGUUGAUUACUUUUCUGAUCUUACGCCUCAUAGUAAGGCUUUUUUAAAGGCUUUGCAGCAAGUUAAGAGAGGAGAGGAUAUUAAUGUUAGUGAUGCUGUGCUAUCUUGGGAAGAAAAGGAACAAUUAAAUAAAAUUAAGGAUGAGGUUCGAGCCAAGGAAAGGAAAAAUGCUUCUUCUGAAGGUAAAGAUAAGGGUUUACCUGGUCCAGUAAUAGGAAUAAUAGUAAUUGGAGUAGUAGGAAUGUUAGAAAAGAGCAAUAUUCAAGUUAAAGAAUUAGAAGACUAUCUUAAUCAAAAACUUUUGGACAAUAAUUAUAGUGAUUGGGAAAAUCAGAUGAAAUCAGAAAUAUCCCUAGAAAACCAAGAUGAAAAAGGAAAUACCUUUCUUGCCCCAAAAGAAAUAGAACUUUUGCUGGAGGAGAUAAGAAAUACUAGUGAAAACGGGUUAGCAGAAUUUUUUUCUACUCGGGAAGAAACCAUAAUAACUCCUAUCCAGGCUAAAGAUGUAUACUUAUUGGUUAAAGAGUUAGAAGAAAAAUUGACCAUCGAACCAACCGAAGAGGGCGAAGAAUCCUUAGAGGAAUUUACCCUCCGUCGACUGACUGAAAUACUAGAAGUAAAUGUAGAAGAAAAACUCACUGAAAAUAGUAAGAAGGUUAUGGAGCGAAUUCGUUCUGAUAAGCAGGCUAAAAUAACUCCUAACCAACAAGCAAAUUUAAGAAAAGAUAUCAAAGAGCAGUUCAUUAAUCAUCUUCAAAAGUUGAUAGAAGACAAUCAAAUUGCCCGGGAAGAUUUAAGCGAAAAAACUAAAAGAAUUUUUGAAAACGAUAGAAAAAAAUGGCCAUUUGGCCGAUUUGAAAACUUCUUAAAGGUGACUGAGGAAAUUUAUCGAGAGAUAAAGUUAACAAUAGUUAGGACCGAAAACAUCCAACAACAAAUUCAGAUUAAUUAUUGGCAUGAUUUGCAAGUAGUUCGAGUAAGGGUUUGGGAUACUUGGAAAAAGUAUAAAGAAUAUAAGGCAAUCAAUCUCAAAGCCAAAUAUCCUAGAUUGAAAACUGAUAAUCGGUGGUAUGAUAGUUUCAGUUAUACCCAAAAUAAUGGGAGUUUUGGAAUUGAAAAUGAUAAAUUGUUCAUUAAGUUAGGUUCAGCCGAACAAUUAAUUAAACUUCAAAGAGAGUUAAGCCGAAAAAAGCAAGGCAGUAAAAAUUACCAAGAAAAGAAAUUAGAAUUGGCUAGAAAGCAUGAGAAAAUAAGUAAUCGGAUGAAAGAUAGAAAUCAUAAACUAUCUAGGAAAUUGGAAACUGGUAAGGAAGUGAUUGUGGUUAAUCCUAAAAAUACUACUCAAAGAUGUAGUCAAUGUGGAAAAUUAGUUAAUCCUAAAAUAAAAAGAGAAGUUGAAAUCUAUAAUUGUUCUUGUGGCUUGGUAUUAGAUAGAGAUGUUAAUGCUGCCAAAAAUGUCUUAUAUUUAGCCCAAAACAACAGGCUAGGAACUUUGCCAACUGAGUUGGUAUAG